CACACCAUGAUCUGGCAGACUUCCCAUGGACAGCUGCGCCAACAUCUUGCACAGUCCUAUCUUCCCAUGUAUGGUACAACGCUGGGAAUAUAGGGUAUAUAUAUCUCUUCUCGCUGGCAUGCGCCUUUAUCUUCAUAACCACCUGAGCCCAAUAACAACCUCCUGUACCUCGAACAAAGAAGACGUCAAUGGCCAACAAUCAGAAUAUUGCUGCCCUCCUCCGAGAGUCGCCUCAGAAGACACCUCUUACACCUCCUGUCCCUGUAGAGCUCUGGGAACCAGAGCAGGGAGAAGUCAGGAUUCGUAUUGAGGCUGCUGCUCAGAAUCCGGUGGAUUGGAAGCAGGCCGACUUCAACUUCGCCAUUCCAUCUUUCCCCUUUAUUCUCGGUGUGGAUGUUGCAGGAGUGAUAGAUAAAGUUGGUGCGGGAGUGACCAAGUUCAAGAUCGGCGACCGGGUCUUGUCGAUGGCCCCGCUUGGCAAGGCAAACAAGUUUGGUGCUUACCAGAAGUUCUCCUGUGCCAAGGUGGACGCUACGAUCGGUAUCCCAGAGAGCUACUCCUUCGACGAAGCGGUCACUAUUCCCCUGGCGUACUGGACCGCCGCUCUAGGGAUCUUUCCAUCUCUCCAAGUCCCGAUCCCCCUUUCCACAUCUGGCCUCGUCAGUCCGACAGUGACGGAUCAGACGUUCCUUGUCUGGGGCGGUAGCAGCAGCGUCGGUGCUCUUGCCGUCCAGCUGGCGGCGAUCGCGGGGUUUAAGGUCAUCGCGACUGCGAGCCCGAGGAACUUUGAGUAUGUGAAAAGCUUGGGUGCGGAUCACGUGUUGGAUUAUCAUGAUGCAGACAUUGUCGAGCAAAUCAAGGUCCUCGCCCCGAACCUCCGCUAUGCUUAUGAUGCAAUCAGCGAAAACGGUUCCACAGAAUCCGUCCUCUCCACGCUAUCUUACUCUGCUCCAGAAGUCGUCACCGUGCUGCCUUUCAAAGGCGAACUCCCCUCAGGUGCCAAAACCCACGAGGUCAUGGCCGGGUGUAUCUACUACCCCGGCCAUGAGACAAAGCUGACGGCUUUGCUCGCCUUGUGGGACGUGCUCAUGAGCCAAAGGAAGAUCAAGCCGAACCCGGUUAUGCUCAUGCCUGAUGGGCUUGGAUCGAUUGAGGAGGGCUUCGACCUGAUGAGGAAGGGCAAAGUAUCUGGACAGAAGAUCGUAUACCAUCCCUGGGAGACGAAGAUCUAGAUCAUAUUUCAC